AUGGCUGUCGCUCAAGAGGAACUACCUAUCCUUGAGGCACUCAUAAACAUUCGUAACCGCCUUACUGCCCUGAAGAUGGACAGAGGCGAGUAUAUCAAACCAUCGGAUGUGAACUCGCUUUACCAAGCCGUGGUCAAGCAAGUGACAAAGCUGAACGAUGUCCGAGACGACAACACUACAUACAGCAAUCGAGUAGACACUACUCUUGCAGACGUCUUCAGCCUUCUGUCGCUCUUCUUUCUUACCAUUGGCAAAACUCGAGAUGCGCCGGCAACUUACUCACAAAUUGCGUCAAUGAGACAAAUACUCAACCACAUGAAUGAGUCGGGGGUUUACAACGAGGUAGACCUAGCGCCUUUCCAACGGAGGUUAAAGGAUCUUCGUCAAAUAGUACAGAGCGAUGCGGAAGGAAGCAAGCACAACGAAGCUCUGACAAAGCUGCUAGAGCGUCAGCUCAACGAGUGUGAUAGCAUUGUUAGGUCUCUCCAGGAAUCACUAUCAGUGCUUUCUCCAGAGCUGGCACCAAUCCACCUAAAGUUGGUUCACAUUCGUCGGCAACUAGCUGCUCUAGCCGCCAAAGAGGGGUCGCAUAAGGCUGAGUUGAAGCCACUCCAGGAAGAACUCCGGAAAAUUGAUUCGUUGAAGUGUCUUUCUUUGUUUGAAACCGUUACCCAAAAUUGCUCGACCCACCUUUACCCCCCGCACAAUCCAUUCUCGACGUCAUCACUCUUCAUUAUACAUCUCGAACAACAUAGGAAACGCGUGGACGGGAAAUUCCUCGGACCAGGAGGCGUUCUUCCUAGCUCUCAAGCCAUAUGCUCGUCUCUUCUGGAAGAAUGCUUCGACGUUGCUCAGGAAAUCAAAGCCCAAGAAGAAUCGAAGAAUGUCCCUUCAUCGCUCAAGCCAAUACAUGAUCGGCUUUCUGAUAUACGAACAGAACUCGAGAGCCUUGUCCUUACACACCGAUGGACUCUGAGAGAGACUGACCUAUGGAACUAUUCGCUCAGUCUCCAAGAGAUCGACAAAAUGAGAGUCGAAGGCAAGUUUGUCGAUUCAGAGGGUAAUCGACCGUCGGGCCAAUACGUUCUACUGUAUAUCUUAAGGCGCUGUUACGGCCUCAUAUACAGAUUGCUAUCAUCGAGUGAGCCCGUGUCAGAGGAGCUUAUGCCAAUCGCCAACAAGUUGUCAACGGUCAAGAAAUGUCUCAACGAGGUUCUCAAAUAUGGUGGACCAUUCAACCCCCGCGAUUUGUAUCCGUAUCAACUAGCCCUACAUCAAAUUGACUCGCUUCGACAAGAUGGUAAAUUCGUUGGCUCCGAUGGAUCAAUCCCUGAAGGGCAGGGGAUCGUCAUGGCGCAUCUGAAUGAAUGCCACGAACUACUUGAGAUGCUUAAAGAGUCUAUGGACGAGGCUGAGGACGAAUAUUACGAUGAAGAUGACGACGACUAUGCCGACACCGUGUCGUCUGAGAACUAA